ACAGUCGUUCAAGGGAUGAGCAUGCAGGCGGCAGUGAGCAAGGAGUUGGCGACGCUGACGCUGCCGGCCAUGGUGGAGCAGCACGUUAGCGCCAUGAUAGCUGGAGCGCUAGAGGAAGGAGUGAGGACGAGGCAGCUGGUGUCUCUCCUGCUCCCCUUGCUCGCUGACUCUUCCAUCGAGGAAGAGCAGCUCAGCACUGUGUGCCACAACAUACAUGCCAGCUGCUACCCCAAUCAGGGAGACGAUGACGAUGCGGAGGAGCUGGACUACCUCGUUGACUGUAGGGGCGUUAUUCUAGCUUAUGCGGGAAAGACUCUCCUGAAACCUACGAACUUGCAGCUCCUCCGCAACCAUAGGUACGGAGUUGUAGGCAACAAUGGAGUCGGCAAGACCACUCUUCUCAACCGUAUCGCGUCGAGAGAGGUGUCCAACUUCCCUCAGAACAUCAAAGUUCUCUACAUUCAGCACGAAGUUUACGUGGACUUGGACUGCACAGUCGUUGACUUCAUGGAGCAGCAGCAAAGGACCGAGGGAACGGACAAGAAGCUCAUCCAGGACGCGCUGGCCUCCAUCGGCUUCACUGAGGAGAGAAUGGCGUCACCAGUUGCCGAGCUGUCUGGAGGAUGGCGUAUGAAGCUUGCCAUCGCCACUGCUGUGACACAGAAGUGCGACCUCCUCCUCCUUGAUGAGCCGACCAACCACUUGGAUGCCGCUUCGAGAGCCUGGCUCGCCGACUAUCUUGUCACUCUGACAAACACAACUGUCUGCAUUGUUUCUCACGACUAUGAGUUCCUCGGCAAGACAUGCACAGACGUCAUGCACAUCGCCAACCUCCAGCUCACUUACUACGGGGGAGGGUUCGCCAACUUCGCCAUGAAUCGCCCUGACGUCAUGGAGGCUCUUCCUUCCAUGACGGAGAGCGGAGCUAGCGCCGUCAUCACUCUCCCCGAUCCUGGGAAGCUGGACGGAGUGAAGUCGAAGACGAAGCCUGUGGUGGAAGCGAAAGACUUGACCUUCUACUAUCCCAACUCCGACAAGCCCACACUAGACAAGGUCAACGCAAAGUUGUGUGUCAAGAGCAGAGUUGGGCUCCUAGGAGUGAACGGGGCGGGCAAGACGACGCUGCUGCGCUUGCUGGUGGGAGAUGCUGCUGUUGAUCAGGGGACAGGGAAGCACGUGGGAGAGAUCGCGAGGCACCAGAACCUGCGUGUGGCCUACAUCGCUCAGUCGUCGAUGCAUCACUUGGAAGAGCAUCUUCACAUGAAGCCUUGGCAGUACGUGCAGGAGAGGUUUCGUACCGGUCUAGACAAAGAGUUGGCGAAGCGUGAGACGAUGAGGCUAACGCCGGAGGAGGAGGCGCUGAGGAACAAGAUCGGAAACAUCAAGGAUAUCGUUGGUCGUGCGAUUCGUGGAGGAGAACUGAGCUACGAGACUGUGAGAGCUGGGAGAGAGGACGACGGGACGUUCUGGGAGCCCUUGGGGUCGAUCAAGAGGAAGGACCCGUAUGUGAUGAAGUUGUGCCUGAACUAUGACGCGAAGCUUCAAGCCUACCAGAGUGGAGCUGAGAUCCGGCCAUGCACAGAGAGGGAGAUCCUGAAGCAUCUUGCCGACUUUGGCCUUUCUCACCGUCUGGCGCAGUCAGGAAGGAUCAAGGGUAUGUCUGGAGGACAGCGAUGCAGGCUGGUGCUUGCUUCUGCUGUGUGGAACAAGCCGCACUUGAUCGCUCUUGACGAGCCGACGAACUACCUAGACAACGAGACUCUCAAUGCUCUUGCUGCUGCCCUGCAGAAGUUCGAUGGUGCCAUCCUUGUCAUUUCCCAUCACCAGAACUUCGUCUCGAGAGUCUGCAAUGAGCUGUGGAAGGUCGAAGGAGGCCAAGUGGUUGUUACACAGACUGCCAAGGAGGGCCGCUCUCUGCAGCGAGGAGGAUCGGACAACAGCUUGUCUAGCAUGGACCGCAUCGACUCUCAGAACAGCCUGGAAACCUCCUCGUCCGUCAACUCGAUGGAGGAUGGAAAGUAAUUGUAAUGCUGCCCUCCUCCCUCCUUCAGCAUCCCUGUGGGAGGUUCCGACGCAGAAGCUUUGCCUGUAUUGCUGGAUUUUUUUGUGCAAAAGAAUAAAUAGUUCAAACACGG